UCACAUGGUCUGUAAAGCCGCUUGCAGCUUUUUAUGAAAGUGAUCACAGCAAAAAAAUUGCAUCCUGAAUCCACCGCUGACAGGACUGAGAAGGAAGAGAGAAAUUGAUGGCACGAAAAUGAAACUGUCAAGAGUCAUCAUUCUCCUUUUUCUGGGAGUGUUUUUUAAGGUUGCUGUGGCAGAUAGUUCCACACAGGUGUACUGGUUAGAGCUUGAAAUCGAGUCAUCGGUGUACGACAAUAUCACUGAUUAUCUGAAACAGCUGUUAAUAAUAAACAUAACUAAUGCAUCUGUAACAGACAUCACCAUCACAACAGAUUGCAAACUGGAUGAGACGCAUAAAAAUUGUUCAUGCAUGGUGGACUACACAUACAGUGAGGAAAUGUGCAAAAAAUAUGGCUGCUGCAAUGACACCUGCAGGCAGAAAGUUGAUGACAUUGCUGUGUGUCUGCCUAAAUCAAGAGUAAGCAUCAAUGGAGUUACUACAUUUGCAAACGAGUCUUGCAUACUUUUAUGUGAUCCAAGCAAACAAAAAACUGACGAGUACAAGGAAAACAACGAGAAAAUGAUCCAAAUGCUUGCAAAACAAUUCAGCACAUUGAAAAAUUUUGAUUCUCUGAUUAUCAACAGUUACAGGAGUGGCAGUGUGAUCGUAAAUUAUACGGUGCAGGUAAUGGGCUCAGUUACGCUUAAACAGUUGGAGAACGUUACCAACAGUCUGCCUGCUUCUGAUCUGAAAACAACAGGCUUUGUCGUUAUUGGAGGUCCUCAGGGUCCGAUUGAUAUCGACUCCUCUGUAAAUAUAACUUGUCGUCCGAAAGAAACCCUGGGAGUGGUAAGGUGGUACUUAAUAGAUGAGUGGAAUACAAAAAAAACAGAGAUCACAAAAGGACAAGAGGCAGACUUUACAAGCAACGUUUUGACAAUGGAGGACAAUGUUCAUCUAAAUCAUAUUUCAGGCAGCUGGAAAGGAUCAAUUCAGUGCGUGUAUGCAAAAGGGUCCAUACAACAUACAGCAAGUACAGUGUUGGACAUAGCACUUCUGCCAGAAAUACAGGCUAAGAGCACUCCCCAGUUUUCUGAUUGUAUAAAUAACCAAUUCAAAACGGCUAUCAUUGAAUGUAAAAUUUCAAAAAGUACAGAAAAUUACACGGUUACUUGGAAUACUGCUCUUAGUUUCACAGAAAUAGGACCAGAAAUCCAGAACAAUGUUUUAACUUACAAAGCACAGGCGAUCAUAAAUUGUGGAAUCAUAUAA